AUGGAAAGCCAGAGAGAGUGUGAAUAUCCCCUUCCUCUUGUUGACUUCUCCAAUGAAAACAUGAAACCAGGCACCCAUACAUGGCUUGAAGCCUGUGAAAUGGUGCGGAGAGGAUUCGAGGAUCACGGUUGUUUCCUUGCACGCUUUCAUAAGCUUUCUCCACACCUUCUCAACUCCGUUUUCUAUGCCAUGGAACAACUCUUCGCUCUCCCUCUCCAAACCAAAAGGAGAAAAACCAGUGACAAACCCAACCAUGGCUACACCGGACAAGUACCCUCAUCCCCUCUGUUCGAAUCCUUUGCCAUCGACAAUCCAUCCAACUUUCAAGAUUGUCAGAAAUUCGCACGCGUAAUGUGGCCAACAGGAAAUCAUCAUCUCUGUGAAAGUGUGAACGAGUAUGCAAAGUUAUUACAAGAGCUGGACCAGACCGUGAAGAGAAUGGUGUUUGACAGCUAUGGCCUGGACAAGGUGAAAUGCGAGUCGUUCCUUGAAUCAACCAAUUAUGCUUUUCGAAGCUACAGGUAUAAUAUACCUGCGAUGGAUGAGAGCAACGUGGGGGUGAAUCCUCAUACGGACUCAACCUUCAUAACCAUUCUGCAUCAGAGGGUAGAUGGAUUGGAAGUUAAAUUGAAAGGUGGAGAAUGGUUUGGUGUUGAUGCCUCGCCUUUGUUUUGUGUCUUGGCUGGUGAUGCACUUAUGGUAUGGAGCAGUGAGAGGAUUCGAGCUUGUGAACACCGUGUGAUGCUGAAAGAAAAGGUGACAAGGUACUCCUUGGGAUUACUUUCAUACAGUACAAAGAUGGUGGAGACUUUAGAGGAUCUGGUCGAUGAGGAACAUCCCAUACGCUAUAAGCCAUUCGACCAUUAUUCGUACGUUGGUUUUCGUUUUACUGAGGAAGCCGCAAAAUGUACAAGUCGUAUCAAAGCUUAUUGUGGUCUUUAA